AAUGUAAGACAAUUAGAAUUUUCGUCGUUUGUCAAAACCAUUUGAGAACAUCAAACAAAAUGGAAACCGAAAUCUGGAGAUCUCUUCUACGCGGUUACUGAGAUUAAAUUUUAGAACGAAAAGCAGUGCCAAUCCAAGAUCCUUAAAUAAAUAAGGUGGAUUUCUACGGAAUGCACAGUUCACCAUCGAUGAAAGAAUGUGAUAAAGUUGGGUAUUUUAUUUACUUGCAAAUAAUUCAAAUAUAUUUCGAAUAAUUUUCGUUUUAUCUUCCACCACGAUUCUCUGUAAUAUUCUGUUUGUCGUGGAGGGUUCACUCGAAAAGCCUUUUUCUGUCAUUUGACAGUUCCGCGUUUGCGUCCAGAACCCACUGUCCAUACGUCUACACUUCCACAAUUAUUUUGGUUCAAUUGAACACAUCAUCAAAGUUACCUUAACACCGAGUAUUUGCAAGAAAACACAGUAAAAACAUAUUUAUUAUCUGUAUUUAGCUAGGUAUUUUAUAUCAUUCUUCAAAAUUUUCAAUUACAAGAUGGAUUCCAAAUCAUCCCUGUUAAAAGACAACUCUAUCGCGAAGCCAUCGUCAGAGGAUAUUCCGGCAAGUCCUAAUUCCAGCUUGGAGUCAUUUUCCUCAACAAUUGAAUGUACUCCAGAACCACACAAAACGCGUCCACAAACCGCUCUGCAGUGUUUGGAUCACACGAUCGGGGUCAUUUGGCACUGUUUCGAUGUAUUUCGGCAGCAGUUCUUUACCAUUUCGCCCGAAAGUGUCAAGUGGGCGGUGGAUUUUCUCAGAGCGUCACCUUACGGUCCCAACGACGAGCUACACUUUGUCAUUGCGUAUCUACACUGCGUACAGGCUUUGGUGCAACUUGUUUUUCGCAAAUCCCGAAAUCUUAAGGACGCUAUGAUCGGUGUUCGGGAAAAUGUUUCAGAGGCCCUAGGUGAAGAAUCCUUAGCACAGCAACAAGAAACAAAUCAAGAGAAAGUGCCACAGAAUCUUAUUGAAGAAUUACUUCAGCUGUACGAAUUACUAGCGCGAUACAAGGAAGCCAUUCAGUAUCACCAGCAGGACACAAUCGAACUUAACCAGUUGCAAGAGAUUGAGCAGCUACUGCAGGAGCUUAACGAUUCUUUUGAAGCGAGAAGCAGCAACGAAGAAUUGCCGGAAGAUUGGCUAAGAGUGUCAAGAAUGUAACCAACUUUGGAGGCGUUUGAUGGACGUUAGGAGCCCCGUAAAUCUUAAUGACUCUUCCGAGCGCACCUAGAGAGCGCAAGUUUGCAGUUAGCAUCGCGACGCGGUCAAUAAACGUUCACGGUGGAAACUGCAUUCCUCGUGUCACACAUUUCAUGACCGAAGUGUUGCAACAAAUAGAACGAGAGAGAGAAAAAAAGCACCAUAAGUCAAACUAAACCAUCAACCCUGGAACGACGGUGCAAUAAAACGGCAACACUACCUGCACCUACGGAUGACGCGCGUAUGGAGAACUGGAUUUGCGCGUCUCGUGUAGGUGUUUUCCCCCUAUACCAAAGGCGAACGAACAGGACCUUCACUUCCCAUCCGCCCGACACACGCAACCACGACAGACGAUGACUGUAUGUCAGGGCUAACGGGCGCUGUCUAACGAUGUGGCCCGGGCCAGGAGGAGGUCGAUUCUCGGCGACUCGAUAUUGGAAAGAGGUCAACCGGGUUCGGAGGUUUUGGAAGCGUUGGAAAUGGCACGCGAACGUCACUCGCUUUGCGUAGAACAUUAACCAAUCGCCGGGAGGCUCGUGUAGACGUCGCGCUGGUAGACACUCUGGUGUGUAGCCGGAGGUAAAGGUUAAUGCAAAAAGGGGUCGUGAGCUCACCCUGUCCGUAAACUUCGUGUUAUUGCUGCAAAUUUGGGCAACAUAUACAACCGGCUCAGGAAGCCCCAAAUAAACAGUUCGGUCGGUACAAGUGUUUUUCAAUCCAAUUUCUGUACGAUCUUGAAUAAUUGAAUUCUAAAUUUCUUGAAGCGAAGGCCUCUGCGUUUGGGAUCAAGAACUGAUGUUCGACUGUGAGAUCUACAAAUGGGAUGAGGAUAUCAUGAAUGGGCAACACAAAUUCCCUGGCACCACGCUGAUUACCGCGCAUUAUGAUACCCAAUUAUGCCUUGUAAUGAAUAAUUCCGGCGUGAAUUCGUACACUCACAUUGCACACCAUUUCCAUCACUCUUCCAAACGUCGAUAGCGUGGGCGAACUUCGCACCGAAUCCCUCGGACCGGCUUCAAUUCAAUAUUCAUAUCGAAUUAUGUUCACAUCGGUAUUCGCUAUCGGUUAUUGAAGUCGGUCGGAGCCUAAUGCACGCAUACCCAGCAGACAUCGCGGGCAACUCAAUGAAGCCUGCUCCAAUAUCUAUUGCGCCUGUCGAUGCAAUUAUGAACCACCGGUUUUAAGUGUAGCUCGGCUUGUAAAUAGGUGUAUACCGCAAGCUGUGACCGGACAUCUUGUACGGCCUUGCUCUGGACACUACCGAACACGGUGUGGGUUCGCGCUUCAUGAGUUUGGUUUCCAAAAGCUUUAGCGUGUUCUCACCAUGUUCUGGGUCUUGUGCACUACGGUCCAACAUUUAAUUACCGCUAUCAAAACUUGCAUUCCCAGCGGGGAUUCCUACCCACGGUUGAAAUUAAUUCUCUGGUUGCGAUGACGCACACACCACCGUUAUCUGUGUGUGGACGAGUAAAAUGUGCUCAAUGUAUUGCGAUACAUUUAAACGCUACUUUCAAACCAUGGGGAAGAACUAACAUUAGACGAGCCGAAGGUUUAGUAACCAUGGAAUUUGUGGGACUUGCUCAUCGAUAGUUUAGUCCCCUGAAGCCCCGUAAAUGUGGGUUAAUAUGGAUUUUUCUAUAAAUAAGUAAACACAUUUCAGGAGCUUCAGCUGACCCGAACCCCCCAAAAAACAAGGGAACCUGCCUUAAUGAGUCACCAUGAGCAGAACAUCUUGGCCAAAACUGUUUGCGACGCUCAAGUGGAAACCCAACUGGAAGCCCCACAGACAGACGUUUGGGUAAGGAUUUAACAUGUUUCAUGUCUUGAUUCAGCCUACGAUACGACACUUUCGACAUCCGAAGGCGUUUCGGUAAUUCCAUGGCCAUAUAGCCAAUGGGGCUCUACCGUAGGAGCAAAUACGGUUUGCACAGUAGUUGGAAAAUAAACUUAGUGAAAAAAAAAUCUCAAAGCGUGAGCGUAUUAAAUUUAUGUGAGAAUUUUAUGUUUCGAUUUGCUAAAAAAAGCGACAAACAGUAAGCUCAUGAUAAAUGUGUCGGUAUCGGCAUUCG